CAAGGCGAAAUCACCAUCCGAGAGAAAGAGAAGGAAACAAAAGGAAAAGCAAAACACGAACCGCAAAAGUUUGAGAGACAAAGCAAAAUAGCAAUCAUGAACAUAUUCAGGUUAGCAGGGGACAUGACGCAUCUACUCAGCAUUGUGGUCCUUCUCCUCAAGAUCCGUACCAUGAAAUCUUGUGCUGGAAUUUCGCUUAAGACUCAGGAAUUGUAUGUUAUAGUCUUUCUUACUCGGUACCUUGAUUUGGUCACAAGGUAUAUAUCUUUCUACAACACUGUAAUGAAGUUAGUUUUCAUUGGAACUUCAAUUUGCAUUGUUUGGUACAUGCGCUACCAUAAAGUUGUGAAGCAGACCUACAACAAGGAUCAGGAUACUUUUAGACAUUACUUUCUGAUCCCCCCAUGUUUUCUGCUGGCCCUUCUGAUUCACCGUGCUUUUAAUGUAAUGGAGGUGUUGUGGACAUUCUCCCUCUAUCUCGAAGCACUGGCAAUUUUACCACAAUUGGUAUUACUGCAAAGAUCAAGGAACAUUGAUAACUUAACUGGAAACUACAUUUUCUUUCUUGGUGCUUAUCGAGCUUUAUAUCUCAUCAAUUGGAUUUACCGUUUCUUCAUGGAGAAUUUCAAGUUCUACUGGAUACCUUGGAUUUCAGGCUUGGUCCAGACUGCUCUUUAUGCUGACUUCUUUUACUACUAUAUCAAGAGCUGGAAGAACAAAGAGAAGCUAACGCUCCCUGUUUGAGUUAAAGCUUUACCUGAUGUAGGAUCACGUUAACAGAGGAACUGAGACUAACGGAAUGGUGGGGGUGUUAAGUGUUCCAUAGAUUUAUUAUUUCAUCCACAAAUGGCAGAAGAAGGCUAGUCUAUUCUAAUACUUUCUUGCUUCAACAUGCUGUUAGCCUUACUGAACUGUCUUAUGAAAAAGAAACAACGUUUACACGCUAAAAUGUGGCAACAUUUGUUAUGCUUAUCUAGUUUUCCAAUUAUUAUUUCA